UCACGUACCUCCAAAAACGGAAAAUUGCCACAAUAUUCGAGUAAAGAUUUUAUGUUAAUAUUUUGUAUCCAUCUAAUUUCUGUUCCAGGCAUAAUCGAGUUUCAAAAAUGCUGCGGAGAUUCCAUACAAGAUGACUGGAGAAGACAAGGCUUCUACCGACCGCGGCGAAAUUUUCCUAGUCAAAGUCAAAAUGGCAACUCCUUUCAGCAAAACCAUCAUAAUUACCAGAGCCAGAGCUUUAGGCCGCAGCAAGCAAGGACAGAUGGUCAAAAUUCCCAAAACCAAUUUGGGACAAAUACUUACCAGAAUUCUCAAAAGCAGAAUAUUGAAAUUAGUAAUACUCAAGCUCAAUACUCAUUUGGAGGACGUCAGACCUCUAAACUGGCAGACCUAUCAACGGGGUCCCAAAAUCAAGGAUUUGGAGCCAGUUAUCAAAAUACAAAGCUACCGAGUAACAACGAAAAUUAUCAAAGUCGAAAUGCAUUUGGAUUUAACAGUAACACAUUCAGGUCAGAAUAUCAAAAUGGUGGUCAAAAUACGGUUGGAUCUAGAGUCGGUCAGAAUUCGUUCGGUCUCAGUCAGAAUUUACAAGCACCGAAUAACGGUCAGAAAUCCCUUGGGUCAAGUUUCAGCAGUCAAUCUGCAUUUGGUAGUUACAAUCCAAAACAGAACUCUUUUGGAAGCUUCAGUCAAAACAGUCAAGCAUUUGGAAACUUUGGACAGAAAGUCCAGGCUCAAAAUCCCGUCAGUAAUUUCCAAAAUCAAAAUACAUUCCCCAAUUUUGGUUCUAACUUUGCUAAAGGUCAAAAUUAUCAGGCAUCUGGCUAUCUCCCACCAAGACCCUACAAAGCGCCGGAAUAUUUACCACCUGAUGAAUCAAAGACCACUUCAACUACAAAAAGACCAUUCUUUACCACCACUACAACGAAACGACCAUUCUUCACCACAAGUACAACUCGAAGACCUUUUUAUACAACAACUAAAAGAACAUUUUUUACAACAACCACUACUAAGCGGCCAUUAUUUACGACUACAACUAAAACACCAUUCUUUACCACUUCCACAACAAAGAGACCUUUCUUUACUAGCACUACAACAAAAAAACCAAUUACUACGACAACGAAACGACCAAUCUACACAACAACACCAGAUCAUCAAGUAAUAUUCCCUGAUAAGAUACCGAAACACCCAAUCGGCGCGGUAGCUCCAGCCAUGGCUAUGAUCGUACCACCGGAACCAGAAGAUGAUGAAGAUGAAAUCAUUCCUGACUUUAGAACUACAACGCAGAAACCAGCUGUUCUUCCAGCCAUGGCUAUGAUCGUACCACCUGAAGAAGACGAUCCUAUAACGAUCUCGACAACUACAUUAGUAACUACCCCUUCAACCACUAAAAUGACCACUCCUUCAACAACCGUUUUUACUACGCCAUCAACUAGUACUACUUUUUCUACUACCUCUUCUACUACUAUAACUUCUCCAUCGACAACGAUAUCGACUACUCCGUCUACAACAUUAACGAUACCUGAUUUCAAUCGUAAUCAAGAAGAAGAAACUACCCCAACUACAGAAACAACAACUGUCAUUACUGAAACAAAAACUACACCAACAACAAAACCCCCUGUUGUAGAAGAAACUACCCCAAUUACAGAAACAACAACCGUCAUUCCAGUCACAAAAGCUACAACAACAACGAAACGACCUUUCAUAGGGAUUGGAUACUUACCACCGGACCCCAAAACUACUUCGACAACAACGGUCUAUCCUGAUCUUGCGCGAGCUCAGCCUGCUGCCGGAGCUGAUGAAGUGCCUUUAGAAGCGGAAUGUGAUCCAUGGGACCCAAGCACUUGGCCCACGUUAUACGAGCAACGAACAUAUGGUGAACUACCUUGUGCGCCAGUCACAACUACUCUAGCACCAAUUACUACGACAACGAAACGACCAAUCUACACAACAACACCAGAUCAUCAAGUAAUAUUCCCUGAUAAGAUACCGAAACACCCAAUCGGCGCGGUAGCUCCAGCUAUGGCUAUGAUAGUACCACCAGAACCAGAAGAUGAUGAAGAUGAAAUUAUUCCUGACUUUAGAACUACAACGCAGAAACCAGCUGUUCUUCCAGCCAUGGCUAUGAUCGUACCACCUGAAGAAGGCGAUCCUAUAACGAUCUCGACAACUACAUUAGUAACUACCCCUUCAACCACUAAAAUGACCACUCCUUCAACAACCGUUUUUACUACGCCAUCAACUAGUACUACUUUUUCUACUACCUCUUCUACUACUAUAACUUCUCCAUCGACAACGAUAUCGACUACUUUUAGUACCCCGUCUACAACAUUAACGACACCUGAUUUCAAUCGUAACCAAGAAGAAGAAACUACCCCAACUACAGAAACAACAACUGUCAUUACUGUAACAAAAGCUACACCAACAUCAAAACCCCCUGUUGUAGAAGAUACUACCCCAACUACAGAAACAACAACCGUCAUUCCAGUCAUAAAAGCUACAACAACAACGAAACGACCUUUUAUAGGGAUUGGAUACUUACCACCGGAUCCCAAAACUACUUCGACAACAACGAUCUAUCCUGAUAUUGUGCGAGCUGAGCAGCCUGCUGCCGGAGCUGAUGAAGUGCCUCUAGAAGCUAAAUGUAAUCCAUUGGACCCAAGCACUUGGCCCACGUUAUACGAGCAACGAACAUAUGGUGAACUACCUUGUACGCCAGUCACAACUACCCAAGCACCAUUACCGCCACCAGCACCGGCUAGAGCUGACCCAGUCCCGCCAGAGCCAGAAUGUGACCCUCUAGACCCUAGCACUUGGCCCUCGGAAGUAGACCAACGAGAUUUUGGUGAAACACCUUGUGCCUCUGUGUCUUCACCUACUACUACAUCUUCUACUACUACGACUACUACGACUACGCCAUCUACAACCAUUUCGACUACACCAUCUACUACUACUUCUGCUACACCAUCUACUACUACUUCUACUACACCUUCUACUACUACAUCUACUACUACUUCUACUACACCAUCUACUACUACUUCUACUACACCUUCUACUACUACUUCUACUACACCUUCUACUACUACUUCUACUACACCUUCUACUACUACAUCUACUACUACUUCUACUACACCAUCUACUACUACUUCUACUUCACCAUCUACUACUACUUCUACGCCAUCUACUACCACAUCAACUACAACCACGACCACGACUAUAAAACCACCAUAUAUAGGUCGUGGUUAUUUACCACCUACCAACGAUACCUUGAACCUACCACCAUCACCAGCACAAGCUGAACCAGUGCCACCAGAACCGGAAUGUGACCCUCUAGACCCCAGCACUUGGCCUUCAGAAUUCGACCAAAGAUAUUACGGAGCAUCAUCCUGUGCUCCAAACAUAACCAAGCCACCUGUAGACCUUACAUAUCCUCCAGACUGUAUAGUCAAGAAAAGGAAGCGUAGAGCAUCUGAGGUCACGCUAAGGUUAAAAGAUGUACAAGGGACUCCUAGGCCUGUCUGGUAUGCAGGUAUAUACAGGAAGACCACGGACCCUUACUUGCCUAUAUGUGGAGGGUCGAUAGUUCGAGAGGAUGUUGUUAUAUCAGCUGCCCACUGUUUCUGGAACGAUGCGGUCGGGCUGCAACCAGCUCACCAGUUCGCGGUGGCCGCCAGCAAGAUUUACAAGCCUUGGAAGGACCCUAUGGAUAAAAAGGCGCAGAAAUCUGACGUCCUGGACAUCAAAAUCCCCGCUCGCUUCCUCGGCGCGAAGACCAGCUUCCAAGAAGAUAUCGCCAUCUUGAAGCUGGCAACACCAUUUAAGUAUACGCGAGGAGUACGGCCCAUCUGCGUGGACUUCGACGAUGAUUUCGACAGGCAGCAGAUGAAGGCUGGACAUCACGGCACGAUCGCAGGCUGGGGCCUCACAGACUCAGUCGGCACGCCGACGCAGCGGCUCCUGUGGCUGGAGCUCCCAUACAUUGAGAUAGAGAAGUGCAUUCGCGACUCGGAGGAUGCUUUCCUCAAAUACAUCACCUGUGAUAAGGUGUGCGCCGGCGAGAAUGAUACCGGUAAAGCGCUCUGCAAGGGAGACAGCGGCGGCGGCCUCGCCUUCUGGUCCGGCCCCGCUGAGCACGCCACGCCGUACUUACGCGGGAUCGCGUCCACGGCGCCGUCCCCACGCAACGCCGAGUGUAACGUUUACGCGUACGGAAGUUUUACGCACGUGCGCGCGCAUAGGACGUUCUUGCGCGACCACGUGCCUGAGAUCGAAAGUUGUAGAUUUUGGGAAUAA